GUCAUGGAUGCACACCCCGGAGGCUCUGGCCAAGCACUACAUUGCCUACAACGCCAAGUUCCUGGGAAACACAGAGGUCGAAGCUCCAAAAGGCACAGAAGUUGUGAAGGAUGCGGUCAGGAAGCUGAAGUUUCAGAGACACAUCAAGAAGUCUGAGGGUCAGAAGACCCCCAAGGUGGAGCUGCAGAUCUCCAUCUACGGCGUGAAGAUUCUGGACCCCAAAACAAAAGACGUGCAGCACAACUGUCAGCUGCACAGGAUAUCCUUCUGCGCCGACGACAAAACCGACAAGAGGAUUUUCACUUUCAUCUGCAAAGACUCCGAGUCCAACAAGCACCUGUGCUUUGUGUUCGACAGCGAGAAAUGUGCCGAGGAGAUAACGCUCACCAUCGGUCAGGCCUUCGACUUGGCCUACAAGAAGUUCUUGGAGUCCGGAGGCAAAGACGUGGAGACGAGGAAACAGAUCGGAGGCCUGCAGAAAAGAAUCCAGGAGCUGGAAACGGAAAACGCUGAGCUGAAGAAGCAGCUUCAGGAGCUGGAGGAGCAGCUGAUGAUCGCACCCGUCACUCCGCCGCUGCACGUGAGCGCAGCAGACGAAGCGUACCUGCUGCACAGGCCGUCCUCUCUGUUCUGGUGUCGCAGCGUCACGUCGCUCUCCUGCCUGGAAAUCUCCUCUGUCACUCUCACUCCCAUGAGCUCGCCGGACUCCAACCUGUCCACCGGGUUACUAACCCCUCCGCCUGCCAAACCCGCUCUGCUUCCUGCUAAAGCCGCCGAGGGCUUCAGCGUCCCGCGGCCGCGCGCGGGGAGCAUCUCCAUCAAACCGCAGUCCACAGACGUUUUUGACAUGGUGCCCUUCUCCCCGGUGACGUCGCUGGUUCCGACGAGGGCCAGCAACGGCUGCCCCCCUCCCCCACCCACCAGCUUACCCCCCGAUAUAAGGAAAGAUUUGUUCGGCGCCGAGCCGUUUGACCCGUUCACCUGCGGGGCGGCUGACUUCCCCCCGGAUAUUCAGUCGAAGCUGGAUGAGAUGCAGGAGGGGUUCAAAAUGGGACUAACCCUGGAGGGCACCAUCUUCUCCCUGGACCCGCUGGACAGCCGCUGCUGAUGCUGAGCAGACAAUCCUCGAGUCGGACUUUUAACCCGUUCGUAUGAAGAAGUGCCAAAAGCCACUCCGCGGUCGAGUCGAGACGCCACGCUCGUCAUCAUCUUGGGGAUUUGAUGCAUUUGCAUUUAGAUUGGUUUUCAGUAUUUCAAGGUAAACUCAGAACCGUUAUAGAAAAGAGCUAUUUUUGUACAAGAUGUUAUGGACGGAGUCGUUUUGAGUACCUUUACUUGCACAGGCAAGAUGUAAAUAGUGGAGUGAGUCCAACGGUACACAACUUUCAAAUGUGUGUUUGUGUAAAGUCGACACAUUCCUGUUUGUACGGCGAGCUGAGGAGAAAAAUGAAAUAAAUCUGUAUGUUUAACAUCCUUUUUAUCACACACUAAUACAAACUUUGUGUAGUUUAUUCAUCCAGACUUUUCUUUUGUUUAAUUAACAACAUUUAUGCCUGUUUU